GAAAACAAAUUUGGAAAACUUUUCUAUCAAUUGAUUAAUCACCAAGUGUAACAAUUAAUAUCACUGAUUAUUUUGAUUGUGUCUUCCUUUUGAAAUUUCCCAAUUGUGAUUUAAUUUAAUCAACAAUUUAAAAUCCUCGAAAAGGAGAAAGACAAUUAAAUCAAUCAAUCAAUCAAGUGCCAAAAGGAAACAAAAAUGAUCAUUGAGUUAAUUGUUAACAAUGAGACUCUUAUGAUCAGCUGAGAUUCUGAAAUUAAUAAAAAAGCAAAAUUAAUUAAAUCAAAAUAAAUCAAUUGUAACAAUUAAAUUUAAAUGAUUAGUGGGAAAAGUAAUGAUAAUAUUUAAUUUAACUGAAGAGGCUUCAAGUGAGGAUGGACUUGAUGAUUUUAAUUAUGGAGUUGAUCACAAUCAUGAUGAGGAGGCAAAUGAUUAUCUAUUUAAUAACAAUUUAACCGAAGCAAUUAUCUGUGAGAAUAGUUCACAACCAAUUGAUUCCGAUUUGAAAUAUUGUUCAGCAACUUGGGAUAGGAUUUCAUGUUGGCCGACAACUUUAGUUAAUCAAUUAGCAAUUAUCCCUUGUUUUAAGGAGUUAAAUGGUAUUACAUAUGAUUCAUCUCAAAAUGCUUCUAAACUUUGCCUUGCCAAUGGGACUUGGGCAGAGAAAUCAGAUUAUUCAUUAUGUGAGCCAAUUACACCGGAAGAAUUGAUUCCUGCAAGUUAUUCUGAUAUUUGGAAUGCUAAAGAUGCUUCAACUGUUUACUAUUUUGGUUAUGGACUUUCAGUCCUCGCACUGACCACAGCUCUCUUCAUAUUUUUAUACUUCAAAGACUUGCGGUGUGCUCGUAAUACAAUUCAUACCAAUCUAAUGGUGACCUAUGAACUUUUUGCCUUAACCUGGAUAAUAACUGCGACCCUUCAAUCAUAUCAACCAACAAAUGAGAUUGCAUCAUCGAUUCUGUGUUUUCUUUAUAUAUUGUUACCUUAUUUUACUGGAACUCAGUUUUUUUGGAUGUUCAUUGAAGGAUUGUAUCUUUAUAUACUCGUGGUGAAAACAUUUUCAUCAGUUGAAGCAAUUAAGAUGCACUUUUAUGCUUCAAUUGGAUGGGGAUUACCUGCAAUCGUCGUAAUGUUUUGGGCUCCAUUUAAAUAUUUUUCUAACAAAUCAGGGGAAAAUUACGCUGAAUCUGGGUCUAAUUGUCCUUGGCAAGCUGAGGAUUCAAUUGAUAGUAUUUUCAUAUGUCCAAUAAUAUUUGUCCUCAUGUUAAAUAUUUACUUUCUUUGUAAAAUAAUGUGGGUUUUGAUAACGAAACUGAGAGCGGCAACAUCACCGGAGUCUCGUCAAUAUCGAAAAGCAGCCAAAGCUCUAUUAGUAUUAACUCCACUCUUGGGAGUGACUUAUAUCCUUUUCCUGGUAACUCCUGGUUCGGGUCCAGCUAAGACGGUGUUCACUUAUUUCCAGGCCACUUUAUACUCAACACAAGGUUUUACCGUUUCCGUUUUUUUCUGUUUCCUUAAUGGUGAGGUUCGAAAUACAGUUCGUCAUCAUCUCGAAAGGUGGAAAACAAUUCGAAGUCUUCACAAAAGUAACGAUUCCAUUAAUGGACGUAAAAUGAUCGCGUUUUGUUCAUCGAUCAAUUCGGAAAGGUCAUCUUUCUUCAAACUACCCGCUGACCACAAAGAUUCAACUACAAGCAAUAGUUUAUUAAACUCUUCCGGGAUCAUGACCGUCUUGGGUCAACCAAUUAAACCGAUAACCAAUCAAUCAACCAAUGAAGAUCAAAUUAUUAACAAUAAAUCAACAGUAUCAUCGCCCCAACCCCAACCCACAUCAACACCACCACCACCUCAUAAGCCUUUAACAAUAUCUCCACCAUCAAGUCCAACACCAUCAUCGCCACCACCCUGUACAUUGAAAUCAUCACUAGAUGAUGAAGAUAACGGUAAUCAUUGUGUCACCAGUAAAUUAAUCAACUCUAAUGGACACAAUGAUUACAACCACUAUUGCCAAUUUAAUAAUUACACAAAUCACAACCACAAUUAUCAUUACAAUUAUAAUAAUAAUCAUGAUCACAAUCACCUUAAUCAUUAUCAUUAUCAUCAAAAUCUAAAUCAUGUUAACAAUCAUAAUAAUCACCAUUCUCAUAAUUAUUGUUUUCAUACUCAACACCAACAAUUAACUGAAACAAUUAAUGAAGAAAUCAUUUGAGAAACUAAAUUAAAUUUUAAAAAUUUUCACAACAA